AUGGCAGCCAUAUUUGUUGUUAAGGGUCAAGAUCAAAAGGACGGAUUUCGUGACCCAAGAAAACGGUUGACGUUCGAGGACAAGAAAGAGAAUAAAGAUGGAUGGAAUGAAGAGACAUUAUUGAGAUCCCUAAACAAAGACGGUCAAAAUGGUGGAAAGAUUAGAGCCGUUAAUCUAGAAAAAAAUACAGCCAGGUUUGUUGACGUCCAACCACAUCAGAAAAACAAGAUGGAGCCUCUGAAAGAAUUAAACAAAGCAAAUAUUGAUAUGGUUGGUAAAGGUGAAGAAGUAGCAAUAAAAUUAGGACAAGAUUUUCUUGAUGUAGAUUUACCAACUGAUGCUAAAAGGAGGAGAAUGAAUGAUGAAAACUCAGGCACAUUAAGUAACAGAUCUAGUGUUUACAGUAGUCGAUCAGGAUCACCAAGUUUUCUAGAUUUAAUAGAAGAUAACAGAAGUCGUAGUAGUACACCUACUGGUACUAUUUCACCAUGUCCACAAACUCUCUCUGAAUUUAAAAAACGAUACAAGAAAGACGCUCUAUGGAAGUCCAUCAAAUCAAAUUACAACUAUUUGAUGGAUAAAGAAAUCAUAGAGGCAUGCAAGCUGACUGAAAAUGAUCUGAUGUUAGAUGACCAAGAUUUCGCAGGGCAUCCUAAAGUUUCGUUUGCUGAAUUUCUACAGCAAUAUCGGGAGCUCACUGAUUGGUUAUCUCAAGCUCAGACAGCUAUGACUAAAAAUAUUUCCAGUUAUUCCGAGAAAUAUUUAAAUCAGUCAUACCAUGAAGAAAUGUUAGAGAGAUGUCCUAGAAGACAGAUGUUUAAUGAUUACGCUAAACAACUAGAACUACGAUAUCCUGAUAUGAGUGAUGAAAUAAACGCUCGUCUCCAGUUCCUCAAUAAUCAAUGGGAGGCCGUAGAGAAAGCCAUAGCUACCAAAAACACCAAAUCAGACCGCAAAACAAUGAUGAGAGAUCUUGAAAGUGAUUUGAACAGUCUACGACAAUCAUUAAAUGCUAUUGAACAGAGACUAGUAUCUCUUACUGUACAUCCUGAUUGGACUGUUGAUAUUAUUGAAACUAAACUUCGUGAACAUCAGAUAGAUUGUUUACCUAAACCACAUUCAAUGAAAGUAUUGGUAGACAAACCAUCUAAAUCUCUCGCUACCACACACUGUUUUCUGAUCGGUAAUUUCUGA